CUUGCCAGGCUGCCCCAAAGCCAAGAACUGGCCAGAGAGUAAGAAAACAGAGUAGAUUGCGCCGUGCGUGUAUAUAAGCAGAGUCGAGAAAGGACUUGAUAAGAGAGUGAUCGAGGGAGGAGAUAGAGACAUGGAUCAGGUGCUGAACGCGGUGAUGGACCUGGUGGUGCCGCCGGCGAGCAUGGUGAUGCUGGCGUUCGCGUGGCCGACGUUGUCGCUCCUGCGCGGCGUGGAGUGGGUGAUCAAGACCCUGACCAAGGAGGACAUGCUCGGCAAGGUCGUCGUCAUCACCGGCGCCUCCUCCGCCAUCGGCGAGCAAAUAGCGUACGAGUACGCGAGGCGGAACGCGAACCUGGUGCUGGUGGCGAGGCGGGAGCACCGGCUGUUCGUAAUCCGCGACAACGCGCGGCUGCUGGGCGCCGGGCAGGUCCUCGUCAUCGCCGCCGACGUCGUCAAGGAGGACGACUGCCGGAGGCUCGUCAGCGACACCGUCAGCUACUUCGGUCAACUGAAUCAUCUGGUGAACACAGUAAGCUUGGGGCACGAUUUCAACUUCGAGGAGGCCGGAGACACCGCCGCUUUCCCUCAUCUCAUGGACAUCAACUUCUGGGGAAAUGUUUACCCGACCUACGCCGCCCUCCCCUACCUGCGGCGGAGCCACGGCCGUGUGGUGGUGAACGCGUCCGUCGAGAGCUGGCUGCCCAUGCCCAGGAUGAGCCUCUACUCUGCGGCGAAGGCAGCGGUGUUGGACUUCUACGAGACGCUCCGGUACGAGGUGAAGGACGACGUGGGCGUCACCGUGGCGACGCACGGCUGGAUCGGCGGCGACGCCAGCGGCGGCAAGUUCACGCUCGAGGAAGGCUUGGCGGAGAUGCAGUGGAAGGAAGAACGGGAGGCGGCGACGCUGACGGGAGGGAACGUGGAGGCGUACGCGCGGGUGCUGGUGGCCGGCGCCUGCCGCGGCGACGCCUACGUCAAGCAACCCAGCUGGUCCGAGGUCUUCCUCGUCUUCCGCGUCUUCGCGCCCGACGUGCUCGCCUGGACCUUCCGCCUCCUGCUGUCCACGGCCGGGCCUAGUACCGCUACCACAACGACCGCCCGUCGCCCGCCUCCCGCCGCGCUGCCGGCCCCGCCGGUGCGGCCGCUGCUCGAGUACACGGUGGCCGCGGCUCGGAGGCCCGCGGCCCAGCUGCAGAAGCUCGAAUGAGACGAGGUCCGCGGUUCACGCAAGACUUCGCUACAUAGAUGCGUGGUCCAGAGCUAUGGAAGAGCCUACGUUAUGCACCUGGAGUUGAAAGCUCUCUGCUAAUGACAUUGCAUUUGCAUGUCUAUGUAUGAACUGAUUUGGCGGGUGCGUUGAAUAAA